UUUUUUUUUUGUUAAAUUGAAUCAGUAUGCAUGAUAGUACUGCUGAUUCUUCUGUAGUAAUUGGGGACAUACCAAUCACUACUACAGAACGUACUCGAUUGUUGAAUACAACAGCAACAUCCUAUAGUACUCGUCAAGAGAUACGUAAAGAAACUUCUUCUACUAGUCAAACUGUAAUUACCAUGGGCAGCUCUACUCUAGAAAAUGGUUAUCAUCGUAUUUUAAAUAAAAAUACUAAUCUUGCAACAGCAAACCAAAUUCAUAGUAUUAUAUUGAAGGGACAUCCUACUAUUCCUGCGAACCAGUUGACAGAAAAAAUUCAGGAUAUUCUUGUGUUUAGUGAAAUUAAAAGGAAACAACAAGAAAGGGCUAUGGAAGAGGAGCAAAAUAAGAAAAAAAAGGAAAAACAAAUCGCUGUAUCUUCAAGUAGCAGUAGUAGUAGCAGUAGUAGUAGUAGUGAUAGUGAUAGUGAUAAUGAAACAGACUGUAAACGACUUGCUCUAAAAAAAAAGCUCAGUGAAUGGUCCAUUGAUGGCAGUAGUAAAUCAUCUACUCGUUUAAGAAAACGCGAUUUUGCAGUGGAUGCAAUUAAGUUUGCUACAGACAAAUGGAAAGAAAAGCAUGGCUGGGCAACAAGUAGCUCUACUACAAAUUUAUCCAGUCACAAUAACGAAACAACGACUACAACGAUCACAACUACUACUACAACAAAGUUGGAAGGCAACAAUAAUCAUCAAAACGGAACAACAGUUGUACAACAACAACAACAACAACAAAAGAGUCAAGAAAAGUUCACUUCUUCUCCUGCUGAAAGUGUUUUUGAAGUCGCCAAAAAUGCAUCUGUUUGUGCAGUUUUAGCUUUGUUACACGAACGACGACAGUCAUCUGGUCAUUCUACAGAGACGGAUUUAUCUUUGCAGACUUUAGCUUUGUCAACACUUGAUUUAGGUUUGAAGUUACAGGAUACUUCCGUUUCUCAUGUCAUAUUAUGUGAAAUGUUAACCAACAAAUGGAUAAAUGGAAAAUCAGCAUUGGACUGGGCUAUUGAGAAUAAUAAUCAAAUAAUAUUGAAUGAUGCUAGAGUUCAGCUAGUAAUCGAGGAACUUUGGGAAUCAUGCCCUAACUGGCGUCAAGAUUCAAGUCAUCCUAGUCAUGUUUGGGUUCAUAAUGAUAGGAUUAAUAGCCAAAAUAAAGAGGAAACACCAAAGUAUUUUAUUUGGUUGGCUCUUUCUAGAAUUCUCGCAAAUUAUUUGGCACGUUGGCCUAGUGCAAAAUAUCAAAGUUUGAUUUCCUUGUUCUCCUUUUUAAUAUAUCUGGGUCUUCAUAUAAGCACAGUUAUGAAUCAAGAGUAUAUUUCAGAUAUCAUACUACCUUAUGAAUUUGCUUACUAUACCUUUGUUGUUUCAGACUUUCUUUUAUUUGUUUUUAAUCUAUUAACUCAGCCACGUAUAUACCUUAAAAAGGUAUCCUUUUACAUUUCUCUAGUUGUUAUUUCUCUAUUAGUAUCUUCUUUAUCAAUUAGAGUUUGGACUUUGUAUGCUGUGGAUAAUAUUGAAGAAGAAUUCCAUCUUCUUAAUAUCUCAUAUACACUCUUGAUCUUGGCUACACCCCUUAUGUUUUUCCGUACUGUUUCUCCAAUCAGUGAGCUUUUCUGGAGUACAGCCAAGGCAACUUAUAUUAUACGUGAAUGUUUCAUAAAUAGUAUUUGGGUAUUUAUUCUCGGUACGAUCACCAUUCUCGGUUUCUGGGCUGCACUUGGAGCUUUGCAAUACAAUGAUGUUAGCCCCCUGGCAAUGCUACGUUUAUUAAUAUUAGGUGCAUUACAUACCCCUGAGAUCGGUGACACGUUGCACUAUCAACCAGAUGUAGCAGCUUUCUUGCUUUCUAUAUAUCUCUUUUUGACCGUAGUUUUCUUGGGAUCACUUUUGACCGCUUCAUUUUUAAGUACAAUGAUAGAUGUAAAUAGCCGUUUGGAAAUUAUCGAAAAAGAAUGGAUUAUCAAUCGUUCUCUGAGAGUCAAGCCUGCUUUGAAUGCAUUUAUUCCAAGUAUCUUGAUUGAUUUAAUAUUCACUUUUACCAAAUAUAUAGCACGAGUUAUAUUUAAAUGUCAGACUCCUAUCAUUUGGCUUGAAAAGAUGCAUCAAAUAUGUUGGUAUAUUAUUUAUUCACCUAUCAUACUGUUGCUUGGGUUUUAUGAGCUUUUAUUCAGAAGAAAAUCUACUGUUUCAACUUUUUAAGGAAGACACUAUUCUUAUUUAAAACUUCCUUUCUCUACUUGUAUAUCUUAUAUUUUUCCAUGGAAUAAAUGAAAUGAAAUAUAAAAUGCUUUCAAACACUUUAUUAAUUACAUAUUAUAUCUCUAUACAAUAAUCAUAUCAAACUAUCUUGAAAAUAGUU